AUGAAUGCUGUUAUCUUGAAAUAUUCCUGUUAUUUAGACAACACUAUUUGGAAUUCUUCUAUUAUCUCUCAAUCAAAAAAAUGUUUCGAUCUAAAAUAAUUACCAAUAGUAAUAGGAGAUUUUGAACUUGAUAAUGUCGAAAUACAGAGUAUAGACUUCUACUAAAGCGAGCUCUACAUGGCGUUUGGUGGAACCUACGACUCAAAGCCUUUAUUUGGACUAUAUAGUUUUGUUACAGGCUAUUAGAGGAUCCUAUGGCUAUAAGAUUAUAAGUUUGUUAAUCAAGGAAAUUUUGUUCAUUAAUAAGUUGAUCAAGUAAAACUAUCGAAUAAAAGGCUAGUUGCUUCUUUACAAUCCAAAGCAAUAAAUGAAUUGAAUCAAGGAUCGUACGAGUUAAUCUCACUAAAUAGGGCAGGGAACGUUCAAGGAGGAGCUAGAGUAGAGAGUUUGGUUAAUAAGCCAAUUCAAAAAUAAAACUUUGAAAUUUUGAAAGAUGGGAGAAUUAUUGUAAUCUAUCAAGGAUACUAAAGCGACAUAUUGACUGUGAUUUUUACUGCAGACUUUUUAGAUAUGUCAACAUAUGAUAAUAAAUUCUCUAGUUUAACUUGUCAAGGUAUAAAUCCAGGUGGUCCAAACCAAUUGCUAUUAUACUUCUUUGGUCAUGGAGUCGAUCACGUUUCAAAUACAUGGUUUUUUUUCUUACUUACUGAAAGUGAAAUCAUUGCAAAUACUUAGUUUUAAAUAUUUUAUGUAGCUAGUGUUUAUAACAUUAAAAAUGUAUACAGAAACCUUGGAUUAAGAUAAUAAAUCUAUUUUUCCCCAUUUGGAGAUCAGUUAACUUGUGGAUACUUUCUCAGUGAAAAUGGAAUUACGCGGUCAGGUAGCACAUACCUUUAUUAAGCUCAUGAUAAUAUAGCAUCAUCUGUAGUUACGUUUAGUGUUUCACAAACAAGCAUAACUAGUGUCUCUCAUUUGAUCAUAAUACCUGAUGUCGAUAGAAGAGAUAAAUAUUAGCCAUUUCCUAAUUCAACUUAAUCAAAAAUAAAAGAUAUAGCUUUUGGUGCUCUGGUUUUAGAAUUAUCAUAGAAAAACAAUUCAAUUUAUGUUUGUGAUAGUUCUAAAAGUAUUUGCAACAUAGAUAUAGGCACAAUAAACAAAGAUUAGUGUACGGACUGGCCAUAACCAUUUAGAAUAUUCAUUGACUAAUUAGAAAUAGGACCUAAACUAAAACAAAGUUAGUUUUCAUAUAUUAAAAAGGAUUUCGACUUAAAUUUGCUUAAUGAUCUCAGUAUAAGCAUAAAUGGAAUCGAUGACUUGUAAAUUGGAACUUAUAAUAUUACCUAUGAUAUUCACUAUGUUUAAUAAGAUACUUCAUGGAGUUUAAAGAAAGGAUACAUAUCUAUAGUUAUUGUAAAAGAUUCGGACUACAUUAGUUAAUAAUUCUUAAGUGUAAAUCAACAAGCAAAUUAAAUAAUUCUUGAUGGUUCAAAAGUAAAACAAAUCGGAGUAUAUAAAUUCAAAUUAGAUGCUAAGCUUUAAAAUGCUUAAAUUCAACUACCUGCUUAUCAUAUAUUCCAAGUAGAAAUAGUUAAUUUUAAUAAUCAGUAUGAAAUAUUAAACUUACCCCCAUUUUUUGAUAAAAAGAUUCCUGAUAUUUACUUAAAGUCAGGACAAGCAACAAAAUACCUACUUCCUAAAAUAAAAGAUAUUGAAAAUGAUAUUCCCAUUAUUACAAUCCUUAGAUUUGGAUUUUCUUACUAUUUUACUAGGAAAGUUACAAUCAAAUUUAACAAAGAAUUAUUUGUACCUAAAGCGUUUCUUUACAUACUCAGAGACUCCCUUAGAAUAGAUGCCACAAUAAAUAAUCAAAAAUUCUACUAAAUAGGCUAUGAAAUUCUCUAAAUGAGUGGAUCACUUUAUCAAUACACUUCAUCUAUCAUGAAUAUUUUAUCGAUAAGUAAAUUCGAUUAUAAUUACCAAGAAACUAUACAAUCACAAAGAAGACACCUUAUUUCUUAUCAAAGGUUCUUAGAGUUUAUAAAUGAUGUGGGGAUUAAUUAAAGGAUUUCAAUUUAUAUCUCACUUGCCAUUAAUGUCAAUAUAUACUCCAACAAACAUCCAGAUAUUCUUCAGUAUAAUCAUAGAGAUCUCUAGCUUUUAAUUUUUCUCAACAGAUGA